AUGGCCCUCGCAGAGGGUGACAUGGUUGCUAAUAGCAAGCACGCUGUUCGGAGAAAUGUUGUGGGGUCUUCCCGGCUGGCCAAGACAGCACCACCACGUCCCCUGCCCCGCCCCCGUGGCGCCGCGAUCGGCCGCGCGCCCCACCCAGCGCCCGCCCGUCGCGCCGCGCCCGGCCGCGCGCCCCGCCCAACUCCGCCCGCGCUCCGCCCGGCCCCGCUCGCGCCCCGCCCGCGCCCCGCCCGCCUCGCCUGCCCGGCUCCGCCCGCGCCCCGCCCGCCUCGCUUCGCCCGGCGUCCGGGCCGCCCGGCUCCGCCCACCUGCCUCGCCCGGCGCUGGCGUGCCCUGCCCCGCCCUGCUCCGUCCAGCUCCGCCCAGCUCCGCCCAGCUCCGCCCAACCACGCCCGUGGCCUGCCCCACCCUGCCCGGCGCCGCCCGGCCUGCCCCUUCCCCGCCUCUGCUCCGCCGAGCCCCGCCCGCGCCCUGCUCGCGCCGCCCCUGCCCCGCCCUAGCCAGCCCCGCCUCGGCUAG